AUGUUUAUAUCUAUCUCAGUCUGUUCAUAUCUAUCUUCCCAGUCUGUCUAUAUCUAUCUAUCUAUCCCAGUCUGUCCAUAUUCAUCUAUCUAUCUAUCUAUCUAUCUAUCUAUCUAUCUAUCUAUCUAUCUAUCUAUCUAUCUCUUGGUGGUCAUAUCUACCCGUUCUUUCACCCUAUCUCUCCCUUUCUCUCUCUCUUUCGACUCGGCUGAAUGGUAUCUAUCUAUCUAUCUAUCUAUCUAUCUAUCUAUCUAUCUAUCUUGUUCUAAUUUUCGGUCUGCUCAAUCAGUGAUAUCUAUCUAUCUAUCUAUCUAUCUAUCUAUCUAUCUAUCUAUCUAUCUAUCUAUGUCUGUUUCUUCCUAUCUAUCACUGUUUCUUUCUAUCUAUCUAUCUAUCAAUCUAUCUAUCUAUCUAUCUUGUUCUAAUUUUCGGUCUGCUCAAUCAGUGAUAUCUAUCUAUCUAUCUAUCUAUCUAUCUAUCUAUCUAUCUAUCUAUCUAUGUCUGUUUCUUCCUAUCUAUCACUGUUUCUUUCUUUCCAUCUAUCUAUCUAUCUAUCUAUCUAUCUAUCUAUCUAUCUAUCUAUCUAUCUUGUUCUACUUUUCGGUCUGCUCAAUCAGUGAUAUCUAUCUAUCUAUCUAUCUAUCUAUCUAUCUAUUUAUCUAUCUAUCUAUCUAUCUAUCUAGUCUUUAA